AGUCGCAAUCACGCGUUCACGAAACAUGUAUUUAUAAGCCGCGAUAUUAUCGUAAGCAAUGAAUAAUUCAACAAGUUUUAGUGUCGCCUGGCAGUGGUACAAGGAUACCAUGAUGUCAUGGCUGGAGGACCCUGGAGUGGAAGAGCACCAGGGCCUCAACAUGAGUGCUUUGAUGAUGGACCAGGCUUACAUGACCGGAGUAGCAGAUAGGAAUGUUGGCGUCUACAGUGUUUCUGAUGAUUGCUUUAGGUGUCCUUUUGAGCUUCAGAAGUCUCUGUCAGCUGGAUUCGAGAGCUGGUGGGUCGUGGAGACGGCACGGCGCUCCACCCUGAGGGUCUACAAGCACGCUGCUGAUGAUUACAUCAGCGUACGGAAUACCACUGGGCUGAUAUGUCAGCUGAGGCCGAAUCUGGGAGAGUUUGGAGUAUACACCCUCAACGUGAGUGGCGGCGGGUGCGACGUACGCACAGACAAGGAGCCAGUCGACAUUUAUAUGCCGAUACUUCUGGUCCUGGGGGUGUUGCUGGGAGUGUGGGUGAUAUAUGGGCUACUGAAGAUGAUAAUGUCGAGGGUCCGGAGAUCAGCCAAGCUGCGUUAUGGAGACAAAGAGCUUGCGAUACAACAGCGGUUACGAGCGCUCGACACCUUCAGAGGAAUGGCGAUUGUAUUCAUGAUCUUUGUGAAUGAUGGAGCCGGCGGCUACUGGUGGCUGGAGCACGCCACAUGGAACGGAUUGGCAGCAGGUGACCUGGUCUUCCCGGCUUUCCUCUGGAUCAUGGGGGUGUGUGUGCCGCUAUCCGUUAAAAGUGCCUUCGCCAAGGGCAUCCCAAGGUGGAAAAUAGUUAUACAUAUACUGCGGCGUUCUGUGAUGAUGUUCAUACUGGGCGUGUCCCUGAACACAAUCUACGGCUCCAACAUACUGACCGAGAUCCGAGUAUUCGGAGUGCUGCAGAGACUGGCGGUGGCUUAUCUGAUAGCUGCCGGGUUCUACGCUUUGACAGCUCCUAAAUACUACACGCCACCCAGGGGAGCGUGUGGCCAAGCUCUGAAAGACGUCCUGUCUUGCAUGUGGUGCUGGGUCCUGGCAGGGUUACUGAUCGCACUCCACACCGCUGUCACCUUCAUCGUGCACCAUCCUGACUGUCCACCCGGAUACCUAGGCCCUGGUGGUAAACAUGACGACUGGGUGGCCCCAGAGUGUAGUGGCGGCGCUGCUGGGUAUAUAGACAGACUCUUGCUGGGUGAUUCGCAUCUUUACCAGAACAGCGACGCGAGGAGAGUGUACGGUGGUUCUAUCACGGACCCAGAAGGCUUAUUAGGUUGCAUAACGUCUGUAGUGCAGACUCUGUUCGGCGUGCAGGCGGGCGCCACAGUUUUGCUACAGAGGUCGCACAAGGCUCGAGUUUCGCGGUGGCUGGCGUGGGCACUUGUGUUCGCACUAGCCGGGGCACUCUUGGCCGGGUUCUCACGCGAGCACGGAGUCAUUCCCGUCAACAAGAACUUGUGGUCCAUGUCAUUCGUGCUAGCGACAUCAGCAGUAUCGCUAACGAUCCUCAGCAUUUGUUACACGUUCACUGACGCGUGGCGCCUGUGGGCCGGAGGACCGUUCCGGGCGCCGGGCCUCAACGCGAUAGCGUUGUACGUCGGACACUCGGUUUGUGCUCACCUGUUCCCGUUCCACUGGCGGCUGCCGGUGAUGAGGACGCACAGUGUGCGACUCGUGGAAGCCGUCUGGGGCACCGCGUUAUGGGUUAUCAUAGCUCAUAUUAUGGCGAGGAAGAAGGUGUUUAUUACGCUGUGAUUGGUUAAGUUGAAUUGUGGACUGUAUUAAUAUCAGUUUUAAUUUUGAUAGUAACAGAGCAUUCACACUUCGAUCAUCUAUACGUCUAGCGGCCGUUCCCAAUAUACUAUCUACAGGUAGAGAUAAAUUACUACCUUCUACUCUCAGUAAUUAGCUGUCAAUAGUCUGAAGCUGUCCCAAUAUAACCGAUAUGUUAUUCUUAUCGCCUUAUAUUGGGACGCGUGAAUUGCAAUUUCCAUAGAAACUUUUAUCGCUGGUAAGCUGUACGUCGUCCCAUUGACAGACAGCGUGUACGGAUAGGGUGAGUAACCGUCGAUAAGUUUUUAUGGGACAGAAAAGUCAUUGAUAGUUACGAUUUUUAACUCAAGUAAGAGAUAGACUGAAUAUUGGGAACGGCCGUCAGAUCAUUUAUACGUCUAGAUAGACUACGACAGAUAUUUUGAGCAAUGCGCGCACUGUCGGCACAUUGUAAUGUCACUUUGUGUUAGUACACAAAGUGACAUUACAAAUCACAAGUGUAAGACGUAGCUUGUCACGCACACUAAAGUAUAAAACCUCUCCUGUUUUUAUCGGUUGUCUAUCUUAAGUCAAAAUUCGCACCAUUCACUUUCACCGUUGGAACAUGAUAUAUGCGAUAUAAUUGCAAUUAGAUUAGCGUCUCACCGCGGACUGACACCCAUCACAAUAGUUAACUUUUAUUGCCCUAGACAAGACAGUAGAAUCACGACAGCCAUCGCGAAACCUCUCUCGGCAACACCGUCAUCUGUUCCGGAGAUUUUAACGCCCGUCAUAGACAUUGGGAAUGUAUCGCGUUUUUUUAAUCACUUUGCAGGUCACGAAUACAAUAUUUUAAUUCCCGACAAAGCGAUUUUUUAUCGGUUGUCUAUCAGCAAGAGACACUAUUUAGACGUAUAACUUAUCUAAGCAUUCAGAAAUAUCGGAUCCAUUUUCUAUUUUGAUAAUAAUGAUAAUACACUAUGUACUUGAUCACGAAUAACGUAUGUAGACGCCUUGUGGUAUUACUGCCCUAAGUUACUGCGGCGUAGCGUAAGAGCUUACAAAGAAAAUAGGUUACAUAAUUAUAGUAACCGCUAUUGAACGAUAUAUACUUGUAGGAAAAGAAAAUGUACAGAAUAUCCAGAGUAUUAACUAUAAAAUCCCAUCCUUCACCAGUGGGAGGCUCCUUUGCAGAGGAUGCCGGCUAGAUUAUGGGUACCACAACGGCGCCUAUUUCUACCGUGAAGCAGUAAUGUGUAAGCAUUUCUGUGUUUCGGUCUGAAGGGCGCCGUAGCUAGUGAAAUUACUGGGCAAUGGGACUUAACAUCUUAUGUCUCAAGGUGACGAGCGCAGUUGUAGUGCCGCUCAGAAUUUUUGGGGUUUUUCAAGAAUCCUGAGCGGCACUGCAUUGUAAUGGGCAGGGCGUAUCAAUUACCAUCAGGUGGACGUCCUGCCCGUCUCGACCCUUAUUUUCAUAAAAAAAAAUCCUACAAAAUGUAUAUAAUAAACGUUUAUAUUCAAUUCACAUUUACUUUUUUUUAAAUUACUGGGGUAAGGUAUUGAGUAUUUGACGUUUGAGUAUUUUUAUUGCAUCACUUUACAUAUAUAUUGUACUUGAAAUGAUUUGUAAAACGAUGAAGCUGUAAAUAUUGAUUGUAAAAGAGUGGCAUUAAGUUUCUUGCCACUUCUUCUCAUUAAAGCUCAACCUUUUCCGAAGUAGGGGUAAAUGUAAAAAGAAAACUUUUGAUUUGAUUUAUAAUAUGUUUAUUUUAAGGUAUAGCGUUGAAAGGUAUAGGUAUACAAGAGACUUGAUGUUUGUAAACAACAUAUUUUCAAAGAGAAGCGGAAUCCAAAAUGUAUCCGUGAUAAAAUAUUAUCUGUGAGUUGCUCAUUGAAAUGAUUUGUAAAACGAUGAAGCUGUAAAUAUUGAUUGUAAAAGAGUGGCAUUAAGUUUCUUGCCACUUCUUCUCAAUUAAAGCUCAACCUUUUCCGAAGUAGGGGUAAAUGUAAAAAGAAAACUUUUGACAUUCGUAAGUAUCAUUUCCUUGACCUACAUGAAUAAAUUGAUUUUGAUUUGAUUUGAUUUAUAAUAUGUUUAUUUUAAGGUUGAAAGGUAUAGGUAUACAAGAGACUUGAUGUUUGUAAACAACAUAUUUUCAAAGAGAACCGGAAUCCAAAAUGUAUCCGUGAUAAAAUAUAAUCUGUGAGCUUCUUCUAGAGAAAGACUCUAUGUCGGCCCUUUUAUUAAACAAAUACUAGAUUAAGGGUUGAUCUCCGCUGCGCUCCAAGUAGAUACCGUAGGCGUAGUUGCAAAGUGCGGCAACUAAUACUAC